AUGCACUGCGCUGUUGUCGGUUUGCAGAACGAAGGCCACAGCAAUAAAGAAGCUGGCCCCGUGCUCUGGUCGCCUUUUGAAAUAUUGAACGGCAGAAUCGUCGACUCGGAUGUCAAGCCGACUUACCGAAUCAUCGGCACCGACGUCACCAGCUACAAAACCGUAUACAACUAUUCUUGCACUCUGUACGGACUCUACGUUGAAGGCAAAGGUUCGAAAAAAGAAAAAGCCAAAGAGGACGCGGCUACAGAAAUGAUCCGUCAAAUACUAAAUGAGCAAAAUGCUAAGACGCUGCCAAAUCAAUUCAAGCCGUUCAAUGAACAAGAAAUUAAUGACUUACAAGCUUUGCUCAAAACCAAACAAAAUUAUACAGAAUUUUUAGAAGAAACGACUAAAGAAGACAUUCCAUUGCCAUUAAAAAUCAAAUCCAAUGUGAGGCGUACCUAG